GCUGGGGGACUAUGUUCCAGUUGCAAAUUACUCUUACAGACCAUUCCAGUCAGUUUAUAUAUGUCUAAUUUAAAUUCAGUAAGUACCUCAUCAACUUCAGGUGGAAAUAUUCCUCGGAAAUCUCGGGUAAGUCGAGGGGGUAAAUCUAAUAGUGGAAGUAAUUAUCGUGGUCGAGGUGGGUUUAAAAGAAGGAAUAUUGAAAGUGGAACAAAUCAAGAAGAAGAAGAAGAAGAAUUUGGAGAAGGUGAACAAUGUAUAAUUUGUGCUAAUAAGAUUCAAUAUGCAGCCAUUACUUCAUGUAAUCAUUUAACCUGUCAUAAAUGUACAUUUAGACAACGAAGUUUAUAUGAAAAAACUGUAUGUUUAAUAUGUCGUAGUGAAAAUGAAUGGAUAAUUAUAACUGAAAAUAUUCAUAGUGGAUAUGAUGAUUAUGAUAUAAAUUCAUUAAAGAUAUCCGAUGAGAAAUAUAAUAUUAAAUUUACUCAAGAAUAUGUUAAAUCAGAUACUUUAAAAUUAUUAAGUAAUGAUUGUUCAUUAUGUGAUCAAGUAGAUUUUAAAUCAUUUAAAGAUUUAAUGGAUCAUGUUAAGGAAGAUCAUGGAAAAUAUUAUUGUUUAAUAUGUUCUAAAUAUAAAAAGGCAUUUUUACUGGAAUUAAAACUUUAUACUUAUAAACAAUUACAUAGACAUCAAAGUGAAGGUGAUGAAACUGGAUUUAAAGGUCAUCCUGAAUGUAAACAUUGUUUAGGUAAGAGAUUUUAUUCAGAAGAUGAAUUAAAUAUUCAUAUUAGAGAUAAACAUGAAAGAUGUCAUAUAUGUGAUCAAUAUAAUCCCAAGACUGCUGAUUAUUAUCGAAAUUAUGAUACUUUAUAUCAACAUUUUAAACGAGAUCAUUAUGUUUGUAAUAUUCAAUCUUGUGUUGAAAAAAGGUUUGUUGUUUUCAGAGAAGAUUUGGAUUUAACGGCUCAUAUGUUAAAGGAACAUGGAGGUUUAGCUAAUAAUACUAAAGUUAUAAUUGGAUCAACUAGUACAAGAAGUUAUCAAUCUCAAUUAAGUACAUUUCCAAGAAGAUUGGAACAACAACAUGGUGAAGAAGAAGAAGAUUAUCAAUCACUUGAUAUUAAGAAAAAGAGAUUUGAAGAAAGAGCAAGACAUUAUUUAAAUUAUAAUCAACAAGAGUUUAAUAAAUUUGAACAAUUUAAUAAUUCAUUUAGACAUAGAAAGAUAAAUGCUAAAGAAUUAUUACAAUUUUAUAAAGAAGAAAUAUUUAUUCAUCAAUCUAAUGAAGAAUUAUCAUUAUUAGUUAAGGAAUUUCUGGAAUUCUUCAAAAACCAAAAGGAAUUAUAUGAAAGUUUAGUUACUAUUGAAAAUGAAUUAAACUUCAAACAACCAGAACGUGAACAAUUCCCUGUAUUAGGUGGUACACCAGGUUCUGUAUUUAAUGCAAAUUCUUGGGUUAAUGGAUCUAAUGGAGGCAAUAGUCGUUCACAAUCACCUGGAAUUGCAUCAUCUGGGAAAGAAGCCUUUCCAGCAUUAAGUAAACCUCAACGUAAACCAGUAGUUAAUCCAUCUAAUCAACCAAUUAGGUAUACUACUGUAAUAAAAAAGACACCAGUAUUGGCACCUAAAGUUAAAUCUUCAACUAAUAUUAAUUACAUACCUAAUUAUUUAAAUAAUACCACAUCAUCAGGUUCAUCUGGAGUUGGUUCUUCAUCAGCACCAGUAUCAGAAUCAUCAUCAAAUCUCCUGUCAAGUUCAAGAAAUGGAUCAAAGGCAAAAUUACAUGAUGAUAGCAAAUUCCCUACUCUAGAAAAGAAGACCACAAAGAAAAUAAUUCCACGAGUUAAUCCAGUUCAAAUUGCUGAUCCUUCAAAUUGGGGAAAACCUCCAUCAGCUUCAUCAUCAACUACAUCACUUAAUUCUGAUGAUUCAUUAGAUUUUGGUGUUGGAAUUGUAAUUACCGAUAAAAGAAAACAAAAAUUAAAGAAGAAACAGGACAAAUUACUCUUUAACAUAUAAAAAUAAUUGCAAUCUACAAGUUUUUUGAUACAAAUAUAGAUAUAUAGAAAAUAACAAUAUAUGUAAAGGAAGUAGAUGCAAAAAAAUACGGAAUUGUAAAAUUUAAAUUUUAAUCUUUUUAGGCGGCCGUUACAUUAGCUAACCUCAAUUUAACCAAACAUUUUAGUCUGACCAUUUUUGAUUGCUGUUUGCAUGUUAGCUUAUUUUUACUGUAAAUACAGCACAUGCUUUGUAGAUGGUUCAUCUGCAAUGUAAAAACCACACGACAUUUUCUCUACUUGCGCUA